GUGCGCGCUCCCCAGUAUCGCGUGGUGGGGAUCAUCCAUAUUGCUGGUAGUGGUGGAGAUAAGGUUGUAAUCCGGAGAGGCCGACUCGCACGUUUCUUCAUUAUUUCGCAUGUUUUCGCCGGCCGCCGACCCCACCGCGCCUUAGCCCGAAGCCCGUGAGGUCCGGGAGCGACAGAGGAGCGGCAGACCCGCGGACAGACCUCACGUUUCCCCUCAAAUUGCAGGCGAAUUCGGGCCGGGGGGAGGACUGGUAAUCCUGAGGGGGGAAGAAAGACGGCGGUGGGAAAUGGCCACUCAGGUGGAGGCUCUCCUGCCCGGCAACCCGCUCGCCAAAGCGGAGGAGCACGGCAAGGUGAUCCGAGGCCAGCCGGGGGAGGAGGAGGAGCGGCCGCCGCAGCAGCAGCAGGGCGGCCGGGGCGACGGGGCCAAGCGGCAGACGGGUGUCGCCGAGCAGGGCAGCGGCAGCCCCGGGCAGGGAGGGACCGCCGGCUCGGAGGAGCAGGGCAGGGAGGGCUGUGACAGCGACGACAAGCCCGGCGAGGAGGGCGUGAGAGGCAGAAAGGAGUUUACCGAAGCUCCCCCGCCCAAGGUGAACCCGUGGACUAGGAAAAUGAACGCGGUGACCGUGGUCAGCGUGAAUGGACAAGCACACCACGAGUCGACCGGCCCCGCCAAGGUGGUGAGAGCUGGGAACCCACCGAAAGCCAGACGUGGAGGAAAGGUUGGAGAUUUUGGUGACACCAACAGCUGGCCGACUCCAGGAGAGAUCGCCACUAAAGACAUGCAGAUUGAGGCGGUGACACGGACCGUGUCCUGCCCGCCGACUGUCAGGCAGGUCAGAGACUCGUGGAGAUUCGCUGGCCCCAAGAGGACGGCGGCCAAGAAGGAGUCCAAGGAGAAGCGGGAGAGCAACGAGGAGAGCAAGGAGAACCUGAAGGCCAAGUCCGACGACUCCGGGGAGGAGAAGAACGGAGACGACGACUCCCAGAAGAACGGGCCCAAGAAGAAAGGGAACAAGCAGAAGUGGGUUCCUCUGAUGAUCGAGGUGAAGUCCGAAGGCCCCAGGGAGCGCUCGGCCUCCAGGAACAACAGCAGACAGAACGAGAACCCGCGGCUGCCCCCCAACGCCAGGAACGACCUGCGAGACUGGCACAGUCAGAAGUACGAGCGCGAGUGGCGGGACGACCACGACGAGGUGUCCAGCGUGAAGAGCGAGGGCGCGCCGUUCCGCGGCGGCUUCAGAGGCCGCGGGCGCGGCAGGGGGAGGGGCCGGGGGCGGGGCCGAGGUGGAGGGAGAGGUCACUACGACUACCACUACGGCUACAAGUCGUACGACGUGAAAGACGGGCCGUACGGCCAGAAGUUCAGCAACUCCGUCACCUACUACUACGACAACAUGAGCAGCAACGACCUGUACACCGUGGACCAGGACCUGCUGAAGGACUACAUCAAGAGGCAGAUAGAGUACUACUUCAGCCUGGACAACCUGGAGCGGGACUUCUUCCUGCGGAGGAAGAUGGACCAGGAGGGCUUCCUGCCCAUCGGGCUCAUCGCCAGCUUCCACAGAGUGCAGGCCCUCACCACCGACGUCAACCUCAUCCUGGAGGCUCUGAAGGACAGCAAGGAGGUGGAGCUGAUCGACAUGAAGAUCCGCCGGAAGGUGGACCCGGAGAAGUGGCCCCUGCCGGGCCUGGCCAUGCCCAACCACACCCACACCGACUUCUCCCAGCUCAUCAACUGCCCCGAGUUCGUCCCCAGGCAGCUGACGGAGGAGCUCAGAGGGUCUCCCGGGGCCUCCACACCGGCACAGCAGCAAGCCAAGACCGAGUCCGACAUCUCCAACCUCAAGACCAUGCCCAAAGGCCUCUCGGCCAGCCUGCCCGACCUGGACUCCGAGUCCUGGAUCGAGGUGAAGAAGAGGCCCAGACCGUCUCCCGCCAGGCCCAAGGCCCCCUCAUUGCAGCAGCAGCAGCAGCAGCAUCAGCAGCUGUCGCCGCCUCAGCAGAAGGAGAAAGACGAGUCGACUCGCUCCCCGGCGCCUCCGCCCGGCUCCUCGCCCUCGGCUGCUGCUCCUGGGAAUAAGGACGGGGCGGAGCCGGACGAGCCCGAGGAGCUGGACUUCAUGUUCGACGAGGAGAUGGAGCAGAUGGACGGACGCCGCAACACCUUCACCGACUGGUCGGACGAGGAGACGGACGGCGAGAUCGACGACCAGGACGUCAACAAGAUCCUCAUCGUGACGCAGACGCCGCCGUACCUGAGGAAGCACCCGGGCGGCGACCGCACGGGCCACCACACGUCGCGCGCCAAGCUGACCAGCGAGCUGGCCAAGGUCAUCAACGACGGGCUCUUCUACUACGAGCAGGACCUGUGGGACGACACGUACGAGCCCGAGUACGCCACCAUCAAGCAAGAGGUGGAGAACUUCAAGAAGGUCCACCUGAUCAGCCGCGAGCAGUUCGACUGCCUGACCCCCGAGCCCCCCGUCGACCCCAACCAGGAGGUCCCGCCCGGCCCCCCGCGGCCGCAGCAGAUCCCCACAGACGCCCUGGCCAACAAGCUGUUCGGCGCCCCCGAGCCCUCCUCCACCGCCCGCUCGCUCCCCACCACCGUGCCUGACUCGCCCAACUACCGCAGUGCCCGGACGCCGCGCACGCCACGCACGCCGCACAGGAAGGACCCCACCAUGACGCCGCGCUUCUACCCGGUGGUGAAGGAGAGCCGGCCGGUCGACGCCAAGACGCCGCGGAAGAGGAAAACCAGACACAGCUCCAACCCGCCCAUGGAGUGCCACGUGGGCUGGGUGAUGGACUCCAGGGAGCACCGGUCCCGCACCGCCUCCGUCAGCUCGAACGCCAGCCCCUCGGAGGGGACCCCCGCCCUGAGUAACAUCGGCUGCACGCCGCAGUCGCUGCCCAAGUUCCAACACCCGUCGCACGAGCUGCUCAAGGAGAACGGCUUCACGCAACACGUCUACCACAAGUACCGCCGGCGCUGCCUAAACGAGCGGAAGCGCCUGGGGAUCGGCCAGUCGCAGGAGAUGAACACGCUCUUCCGCUUCUGGUCGUUCUUCCUGCGGGACCACUUCAACCGGAAGAUGUACGAGGAGUUCAGACAGCUGGUGGUGGAGGACGGCAAGGAGGGGUACAGGUACGGUUUGGAGUGCUUGUUCAGGUACUACAGCUACGGGCUGGAGAAGAAGUUCAGGCCGGACAUCUUCAAGGACUUCCAGGAGGAGACGAUGAAAGACUACGAGGCCGGUCAGCUUUACGGACUGGAGAAGUUCUGGGCGUACCUCAAGUACUCCAAAGCCAAGACCAUGGAGAUCGACCCCAAGCUGCAGGAGUACCUCAGCAAGUUCAAGCGCCUGGAAGAUUUCAGAAUCGACCCGCCGAUGGAGGAAGGAGGCCGCCGGAGACACUCGUCGAGCGGAGACGGCCGCCGCCGCCACCCCUCGCAGCCCUCCAGCCGGCCCCACAGCCAGGCCGGCUCAGGCCCCGCCCCCUUCGCCAAGGACGACGCCAAACCCGGAGGCCAGAAAGGCCCCGCCCCCUCCUCCUCCUCCGCCGCUGCCACCGCCGCCCCGGACGCCAAGACGCUGAAGUAACUCCGGGGAAGGAGCGAGCGCCAUCUGCGAGCCGGCGGUUGUGUCUGCGCCGCGGGAGGGGGAGGGGCCGGGGGAGGGGGAGGGGCUCCCGCUCUUCAUCCACGCAUGACCCCGUUUUUCAUUUGCCUCCAAAAAAAACUGUGAAGACAAAACCAGAAGAGUGAUUGAGUCUGGCUCGGCUUGGAGCUGCUGAGAGGUUUCUUUCUGUCUUAACGAGGCGAAGACGGGGAGCGCCGGACACUUUCAUGGAGAUUUAACAUCCCGGAUCGGCUUUUGUCUUUUUCUUUUUUCACCCCUCCCCCCUCUGAUCGUCGCUGUGCUGCCGGCUGAAUUUCAUUUUCAGAGUAGUGAUAACUUUUUUUUUUUUUUUUUUUUUUUUUCCCUCGGUCAGCACGAGGUGGGAUCAGAGCCGUGGAAAAGCCCUCCUCCCCCUCCUCCCCCCUCCGCCGCCCCCCCGCCGCCGACACCUCGCCGGACCAAAGCGGCCCUUUUCCGUCGGCAGAGUUAUUUAAUUUCCUUUUUCGGCUGACGUCGAGGGGGAGAAUCUGGGCGAACCAAACGAUGAAAUGGGAUAGAGACCCUUCUGGUGCCCCCACCCCCCCCACCCCCACUCCCCCGCCACUCUGGACUGGAUCAUUGAAAGUUGCCUUAUUUUAAUGGUUUUACUGCUUCUAACUUGUGCCCGCCACCUUACCGUCGAUUGUACAGCAUCAAAAUCACCCAUAUAUCUCGUCACACUAAGCCCUCCUCCUCCUCCUCCUCCUCUUCCUCACUCUCUCACUCUGAGCUGUCUUCCAAGUGUCUUCGGUCUGUUACAAGUCCUGUAAUUCUUCCCCGUCUUUGCAAAGCUGUGGCUUUUCUGUGCUGAAACACAUCAACCAGGGUCAAGUGUGUUACCGUUAACUCCCCCCCCCCCCCCCCCCCGCCAAAAACUAAAAACAAAACAGUCUGAUGGGAGAAUCCCAGACGAUCUCCCCUCUGGUGCUUCCUCUCUUUCUGUCCGCUGCAUCCAUCCUUCCAUCCAGCCGUCAUCCAUCCAUCCGUCGAGUCCGCGCCGCAGGACUGGAAUCAUCAAUCUGGAUUACUUGAAGUCACGAGGAGCGCCGCGCCGCGCCGGGGUGGAGACGAGACGACGCGACAGAACAGGAACUCCGAGACGUUCCCGGCCUCCGGCCGGCGGGUGGAGCCGCGCAGGUACGGACGCUCGGACCGGCCGGGGAUCCCGGGUCCUCCAGAACUGCCGCGGUCGGCCGGAGGAGCGCCGCCUCCCCUCUCAGUGUAAAUGUGAAUUGUUCAGAUGAAGAGGAAUGAUUUCAGCUUCUCCUGCUCCGCGUUGUUGUUUUAUAACAGAUUAUAUAUUUGCCUUACACAUGUAUGUUCUAACUUUUUCUUUUUCUUUUUUUUUUGUUUAAGUGUCUCAUGAUUAUCUUUUAAUGCUUUUAAUUUCAAUUUUGCAGUGUUUGUCGUGUUGCUGCGUUCGGACGGUGGGAUUCGUAUCGGGAACAUAAAAAGGGAAAGUCGACGUGUUUUUAGAAAACUCCAAUCAGUCUCGUUUCAUGUCCAAGUCGCCAGUUUUACCAACACUUGACUUCCUUAUUUUCUUUCCAAAACGCUCUUCAAAGAGUUUGAGGAGUCCAAAAAAUACAAAAAUAACAAUUUUUGGGGGGUUUGGAGUCAUCAAAAAGUGAAUAAAGUCUUAAUAGAACAAUGAUUUCCUACAUGAUGAACCGUGUUUCCGUUGCUCGGAGGAUUCUCCCCAGAAUGUGCAGGAAGGCUUUGAGACGAACUGUACUGUAACCGUACUCCUGUGCCUGUUGGCUCCGUGUUUCCACCGGUGUCCCGUCGGCGUUUCCCUCCUUCGGUUUCCUCCUCGGACGUAAACAAACAAAACAAAAUGCAAACCUGCAGCUGCUUUAUUUUCCUCCUUUUGUUGGAUCAUCUUCAGGGACGUUCGGAUGAGAGGAUUUAUGAUGGAAGCGUAAAAUACUCAGAAAAAAAUCACAUUUCCCUUAAAGAGCAGAACCCCCCUCCCUCUCCCUUCUCCCCCCUCCCUGGCCGUUGAGUGGGUGAUCUGAGGCGGCGGUCUUCUUCCUGGGACAGUCACACCAUCCUCUGCCGUCACCUGGACUCUGGACUUGAUCUUUUUUUUUUUUUUUUUUUUGAGGAUUCAGGUGUUUCUGGGAGUUUUCCGCCCGUCUUUUCCAAACACAGACUGUAGGGGGCGCUGCCCCGCCCCGCCCCACCCCCACCACUCGCUGGCCAGACGGACAAGCCUGACCGGAGGAAAUAUGGCUGGUUAUGAUGUCUGGACACACAGAGGACACGAUUCCAUGAAGCCAUAUGAAUAAGAAAUAACUGUAUAUGAACCAUUAAAAUAGUUCAUGACAUUACAAUAUCCUAGGCUUGUCUUGAGGAAAAAAAGAUGAAAAUAAAAUAAAAAUGAACAAAAAAA